UGAUAUUGAAUCGAAUGCUGUGAUUAUCAAGAAAAUCAUUCGAAUGGAUUUUUAUAAACUUUUCUUCUGUUAGGGUGCAAAAAAGAAAAAGAAAAAUCCCAUAGUUUUUCUUCGUUUUUUCUCCUUCUGUCAAAUAUAAUAAUAAUGAGCAAAUAUAUCAUUCUUAUUUCGGCUAGUGUUUCAUCAAUUUAUGGUGGCUUUAUAUAUCUAAUGGGUGGUAAUAAAAGUACAACGACGACGACGUCGACACCUGAUUUAUCACCCUCAGAUGAAUAUAUUGAUUUGCCCGAAAUUUUUAGCCAAUUCAAUAACGAUUAUGAUGGUGGUUGUGAUCAAAAAUCUUAUGAUAAUAAUGUUGAUUUCAAUAAAACAAUGGAAAAUUGGUUUCCUAAAUUGGAAUUUUUAUUAAAAGUUAAAAAUGAAAUUGAUUGUUUAAAAUCAGCGCAAACAAUGAAUUUUGAACAAUCAAUAACAGCAGCAAGAAAUAUUGAUGAAACAAUUGAUCCGAAACAAUUUCGUCCGCCAAUUUCAGUGGAUAAAAUUCUUUUAAAAAUCAAUAAUGAUGAUGGUGAUGGUGAUGAUAAAAUUCAACAUUUCGAAACAUUAAAUGAUCUAAUGAUACAUUUAUUACGUUCAACAUUGGAUGAGAAAAAUUCUUAUCGACAAUCGGAAUGUGCAAAUUAUUUAACCCGUCAAACUCUUGUACUAUUUGAACAUAAUAAUCAAUAUCCAUUAUGGGAUUUUUCAUUUUAUCAUGAAUAUAAUCAUCAUAAUCGUCGUGAUAAUCUAAAAUCAUCAUCGGAUGAACAAAUUCAACGUUAUAAAAAUCUUUAUUUUCAAACAUUAUUACAAAAUAUAAUGUGUGAUGAAAAUUUAGCCCUGCAACUAGUGGAAAAUGGUUUAUUAAUUGCAUUAUUGAAAUUUUUACAAUUAUUUCCCGAUUCGGAUAAUAUCCGUUGGAUAUCGACAAUAAUAUCAGCAUUGAGCGUUUAUCAUCGGGUUCAUCAACAUUUUUAUCAUACCGGUUGGAUUAGUAUUUUGGCUAGAUGGUUACGAUCAACAGAUUGGCAUCUAAAAUUAGAAGCCGGUAAAACAUUAUAUAAUAUGUCAUCGAUAGCCAGUAAAUCGAUAACCCUUUGUCCAUCAAUUUAUUUAUUAUGGCCAUUAUAUCAACAUGGUGAAAAAGAAUCAUCAUUACCUUUGGAUUAUGAUGUUGUUUUCAUUCAUGGUCUAAAAGGUGGUGUAUUACGUACAUGGCGUCAAUCAGAUUCUGUACGGAAUUCAACCAUCAACGAAACAGAAUAUACAGAAUUAUGGCCACAUUCAUGGCUGGCAAAAGAUUUUCAAAAUUUUCGCAUUCUUGCUGUACAUUAUAAUUCAUUUCUAAGUAGUUGGAAUAUUAAUUGUUCAAGUGAUGAAUUUACAAUUAAAGAUCGUAGUAUAGAAUUAAUUAAAGAAUUACAAAAAGCUGGUAUCGGUCGUCGGCCAAUAAUAUGGAUAACACAUUCAAUGGGUGGUUUGUUUGUUAAACAUAUGCUAAAUUAUUGUCAACAACAACAACAAACGACUGAUAAUCUUUCAGAUCAACAACAACAACAUCCAUUCAUACGGCAAACAAAAGGAAUCGUAUUUUAUUCGGUUCCACAUCGUGGUUCGGAAAUGGCCGUAUGGUCACAGAAUGUUCAACGUAUUAUUUAUCCAUCGAAUCAUGUUUUAGAAUUACAAAAAGAUUCACCCGAAUUAUUAGAAUUGAAUGAAAAAUUCAUUCAAUUAAUCCGCAAUCAUCAAAUUGAUUGUCUUAGUUUUGGUGAAACGAAAAAAUGUACAUUAUUAAAAAAACCGAUUGAAUGGCGUGCAUUACUCGUACCCGAAGAAUCGGCUAAUCCGGGAAUUGGAAAAUUUAUUUUAUUACCGGAAAAUCAUUUUAGUAUUUGUAAACCAAAAGAUCAUAAUGAUCGUUCAUAUAGUGAGCUAAAAGAAUUUUUAACAGAAAUAUUAUUGAAAGAAAAAUUAAAAUCAUCAACAAUGGCAACAAGGAAAUCAUUGUGGCAAAAAUUAGCAGAAUUUUCUCAAUAAAAAUUUUGAAACAAUUUCGAUAAUCGAAUCAAUCCA